AUGGAGGCGGUCGUGACUCGGGUGUGGGAUGAUGUGGGUCGUCCCAUCAACGCCAGCAAGCGCAUCCAGUACACGGCUGUUGCAAGCGCACCGCAGUGUCUGGCUGUGGCAUCCAACUCGGGAUCGCUCUACUGCUUUGACAGAUCGUCCACAGCUCACAAACUCGCAGCAGUGCUCAACAUUGAGCAAGGGCAUAUUACGGCCGUCAGCUUCUCUCCAGAUGGAACUUAUCUUGCAGCAGGCACAAAAUCCGGUCAUGUCAUUGUGUGGAGCAUCGACUGGCACAAUUCACCACUCCGUCCAAAGAAAACGCGGGACACGGCUGGUGUGCACAAGGGCCACGCCAUCACGAGCUUGUGGUGGGCGCCACAUGCCGCCAAGCUGUUUGCUGGCGAUGAGAACGGCGGCGUAUCUGAGGUUGCACUCUCACGCCGCAUGAAGGUCCAGACCACGAUCAUAUCCACAGACGAACGCAUCGUGCAGCUGUCUGGCAAUCGGCACGUGCUCGUCAUCUCCACGACCACACGCGUCCUCAUCUACACAUUUGCAACGAGGGCGGCGGGACAGCUCGGGUCAAAGCUGAGGGAUGGCCUCUUUGGCGCAGCCGUCGCUGAGCCGUUAGUGGAGGGAACUGCGUCGUCGCUGCUGUUCUCCGCCCGGCCAGGAUCGCGUCUCUGGGAGGCGACGACCGACGGCACUGUCCUGGCGACAAUCAAGUUCAAGGACAUGCUCAAGGGCUCAUCGUCACAGCCGUGGAGCGUGGACCCCGCGCACUCGUUUCCGUCGUGCCUGCAAGCAAAACCGCUCUCGCUCGCUUUUCGCACCGUGCACACGCUGCACCAUCCGUCCAACGUCACUGCCGCUUCCACGACAGCAGCACACGCAAAUCCCUCCCGCCCGCGCGACGACGGCUACCAACACCAACACCAACAGCAUCCAGAUCAACACCAACAGCAACAGCAGGAUCAGAAGAAGGACUUGGUGCUUGCAUGGGGCGGGGCAAAUGCAGUCCUCCUUCUUGAUCCAAAUGGACCUGCCGUUCCAUUUUGGUCGACGGCAUUUGGCGACAUCAUCGACGUUGCGCUUGCAAACAACAACACUCUCUCCAUCCUCAGCAUGACAAAGGACCACGCCCCCCUGGUUGUGGACGUGCUGUUUGCGCCGCCAGAAGUGGCAGCACGCGCUGCAUUUGAUGCGGGCGCUCUCGACAUCACGGGAAAGCUCCUGGCACGCGGGUGGGCUCGGCCCUCACCAUCAUCGCCACCGUCACCGUGGUCACCGCCACCGCUUCGUCGGCUGUUUGAUGUCGAUGACAUAUCCGCUGUUCGUCGCAGCGCCGAUCCCAGCGAUGACCAGGUCGUGAUUGCGCUGAACGCAUACGCGACGGCGCUCAUGGCUCAGAACAGCGAACAACAACAACAACAACAACAACAACAACAACAACAACGACACCAAUCGCAGCCCACAGCUGCCGACCAAAGACCAGCUCAACCAGAGAGUCGUGAUGAAGGUGCUGGUGGUGGUACUCGCGAUGAGCAGCACGUGGAUGCAGCAGUGAAUGCGACACCCGACACAACAGCACCUGUCAUCGAUGACGCGUUAGAACCUGCUGAUCAUGGUGAUGGUGGUGAUAGUGGUGGUGGUGGUGGUGAUGAUGAUGAUGCAUCUGAGAAGGCGCGCAAUGCUGUGCAGCCACAUGACACCACGACCACGAUCGCAUCUGUUACCAGUGAUGGUGGUGGUGGCAAGCACGAGGCGACGCAAUCCACAGCAGAAGCAACAGCUGGUGUUCCUGCUGCUGCUACCACAGCGACAGCAGCACCCACUGCUGAAGGCAGUGCGAUGGCGCAAGUGGCGAGUGGUGGUGUGGGCGCGGGUGAGACGGAGACACUUGUGGCGGUGAAGGGAGAGGGGAAGAAGGGAAAGAAGAAGAAAGACAAGAAGGACAAGAAGGACAAGACGAAGAAGAACAAGAAGAAGGAGAAGAAAGGAAAGAAGGAUAUGGAGGGGGCUCAGGAGGAGGAAGAGGAGCAGCAGCGAGGGAAGACCAGCAAGGAAGAGGAAAGCGGGGAGGAGCACAAGACGCAGCAGGACGACGAAGAGAAAAGUCACGCCGAGCAGAAGAUGUCGACACAAGGAGAUGAGCGUUCGAUGGUGGAGGCUGAUGGCGUGACAGAAGGUGGUGGGGACAAGACAACAGCAACAAAGAUAGCAGAAGAGGGUGAAGGUGCAACUGUCGCUGCCGAUGGUGGUGAUGCUGAUGCCCAUCGUGAUGGUGGUGGUCACAAGGGGAAGAAAGGCAAGAAAGACAAUCAGGAGGGGAAGCGCAAGAAGGCCAAGAAGAAGGAGAAGCAAGGGAAGCAGGAGCAACAGAAGGGCGAGGUGGCUGGUGGUGUGGAGCAGACUGGCACACAGGGAGCAGAGCACGAACGAGGCGUGACAGCGGGCGCAACUGUGCAGGUUAUGACGAACAAACCAGCACCACCAGCACACGUUGGCAAGGAGGGCGGUGCGGCCGCGUCCAGCGAUGUGGAGGUGAUGGCACGCCAGGAGGAGCGAGAGGAGAACAAGAAGGAGGAGGAGGAGGAGGCGAAAGACAAGGGACGUGAGAAGGUGGUGCAACAACAGGAGCAACAACAACCAAAGCAACAGCAACAACAGGAGCAACAGGAGUCGAGGAAGACAAACAAGAAGAAGAGCAAGAGGGACAAGAAGAAGGCAAAGAAGAAGAAGGCAAAGGAGCAAGCGCACCAGGAGAGCAAGGAGGAGAAGAGGGAUGAGCAACAAGGCAUCCCACGUCAACUCGACCACGCGGAAGAACGCGAGAAGCGCGGACACGAGGAAUCGGCUCCUGUUGCCACGACAGCAACAGAAGCAGAGGCAACCACGCCCAGUAAACCUGAACAGCAACAACAGCAGCAGCAGCAGCAGCAAGUGGGAGUGGAACUCAGAGAGGAAGCGGCAACGACUGGCACGGCAGACACUGCACCGGCUGUUCCAGAUGGCGGUGAGCACGCGCCCGUCAAACCAUCAGAGGCGCCAGCGGCAACCGAGGCGGUGGCGAACGAUGACGUGGAAGGGGAGGGACCAAGCAGCGACGACACGCAGCAGAUUGGCAGCGUUGCUGAGCAGGAGGAGGCGGUCGUGUCGCAAGGAGCAACUGCUGGCACUGCUGGCACUGCUGACACUGCUGACGCGCAACCUCCAUCCCCCCUGGCUCCUCGUGCUGUCAUCGACGAGGAAGACACGUCCAUGGUGGUGAUGAUGACCGAGACAGUGACAGCAACAAUGACAACAACAGCAGCAGCAGCAGUGGGCGUGGUGGACACUGCGACUGAUGUAAGUGGUGCUGUCAUCUUUGAGCUCGAAGAAGAGGUGGAAGUGGCGAUGAACACGACUGCUGUGAUGGACGACAGUGCUGACGGUACCAGCACACUUGGCGCCACGACCACGAACACGACGAAUUCGAGUAUGGUGACGAGCAAUCAUACGCAUGCGAUUGAGACAGCGACAGCAGCAACAACGACGACACCAGAAGCAGCACGCGCUCAUGAGACAGCUGCGGUUGUGACUGAACCAGCACAAGCUGUGGGUGCUGAUGCCCACGAAGCCGAACCAUCACAAGACACGGAGGGAGCAAUGGAGAUGCCUGAAGUGCAGGAAGCAACGAAGUUCCAGGAGGUGAAGGAAGAACUGGACGUGGUAGAAGUGAAGGGAGCACACGCGGCACAGACAGCACGCGAGGAAGUGGUGACGGAGGAUGCAGUGGCACAACAUGGACUCGAUGAGUCGGUGGUGGCGGUGGAGGCGGCUGUUGGAGAUGUGCCCGUGGUCAAACACGUGAAGACGAAGACGAAGACGAAAGGGAAGAAGAAGAAGAAGGGUAAAGACAAGAAAGACAAGGGGGAUGGCAAGAAGGGGAAGAAGACAAAGCAGAAGCAACAGCAACAACAACAACAACAACAACAACAACAACAACAACAACAGCAGCAGCAGCAGCAGCAGCAGAAUUCAAGUACGGCUGCCACAGCCACGGCAGAUACGAUAACUGCCUCGGGUGAAGAGCCGCCUGCGACUUCUGCUGACGUGCAUGGCGCAACAUCGACUCUUCCUGACGCAACCAAACGCGCGGCAGGGGGAGUGAGCAAGCACGAGGAAGAAGAAGGCGGUGAGGGGGAGGAGGACGAUGCAGCGACAGGCACACACCCACUGAACGACACAGCAACACAACACGUCAGUCAAGCAAGCCGUGCUGUUGCUGACACGGUUGCACAUGACAUCAGUGAGGAUGUACCUGACCAUGACGCUGGUGAUGGUGAUGGCGGUGGUGGUGCGCAUGUGCAUGUGCGUGAUGCCACGCAGCAGCAGCAGCAGCAGCAGGCAUCUCGACAAGAAGAUGUUUGUGAAGAUGACAAAGUCGAGACGGUCGCAGUCAUGGGCGAUGAAACAACUGCAGCAACAGCAACAGCAACAACAACAACAACAACACUGCUGUCAACACCCACAACUUCAUCCCAUUCUGCGCCAGCACAACAACAAAACGAAGAGCAGCAGCAGGAGCAACAACAACAACAUCGUGCGCCGACUGGUGAAGUGUUUUCCGUGUCGUCGCCAGCAUCGCCACCGCCAUCAUCAUCGUCGCCUACGUCGCCCCAGCGUCAAACGUUUGACACCGAUGCAACGGCAGCAGGGCCCGCCAAAGGAAAGCGCACAGCGCUGCGCUCCGUGUCGAUGCCGGCGUCACUGGCGAGCAGCACCAUCGCGUCAGACAUUGACACCGAUGAUGAGGACGCUGCUCACGACCGCGACCACGAGGGCCAUGAUGACACACCUGCAAGCGAUGCACUUCACGCUGGAGACACCACAACCCAGCACCACCUCCACCACCACCACCAUCACCACCAGCAUCAUCAGCAUCAUCAUCGCCACCACCUCCACCGUCAUGGUCGCUCAGCAACAGACCACUCCAUGCCCCCGAUUCACGAGCAGAGGCAUGCGGCACAACAGCCCGGCCGGCGCGUCAAGUCGAAGCGCGCGCCCUCAACGCGACGCAAGAAAUCGACCACCAUCCACAGCCCAGCGCCGGAAUUCAGAGCCGCUUCCCACCGCUCCCACGCCAGCACAACGACUGCUGUGGACUCGCUGCUGGCGUCACCUGAGGAGCAAGCGAGGGCAGCGCGGGCAGCAGAGGCGAAACGACGACGAGAGGAGAAGGACCAGACCACCAUCACGUCUCUCAUUGCACGGGUGGAUGCCAUUCGCAUGGGCAUGGACGACGCUUUUGACAGGCUCGACAACGCAGAGACACAGCGCCUCCUGCACACGUUUGUGGAUGUGUUCACGGCCGCUGUGCCGGCCUGCGGUAGCGAUGGCGACCAGGAUGGCGAUGGUGCAAACACCUUGUCCGCUGCUGGUGCUGGUGCGACGCGUGCAAACGGCAGCGAAGAAGCGGUUGGUGACAUCGGCGACAUGCCUGCAGGCACCGCGGCUGCACCCGCAUUUGGCGAGGAUGAGGACGCAGAAUCGUCAGUGCCGUUGCGGCAACGACUGAUGGCGCUGCUGAAACAAAAACGCUCAGCGUUUGCAUAUGUUCAGCAGCUCAUGACACUCGCUGUCGUGUCGGAUGUGGUGCUCUCACCUUCGCCUUCCUCAUCGUCAGCGUCAUCUUCAGCAUCGUCGUCGACCUUGCCUUCUUCGUCUAUUUCUUCCAAGCACCCGUCCACAUCAUCAGCGACAACAGCACCACAUCACCGCGACAGCAACUACACCAGCAACCACAACGCCAACGAUAACAACGUCAACAACAACAGCGGUGACCCCAUGCGUUGCAUGCAGGCAUUUCUGCGCGGAUACGGCGAUUUGGUGGACAUGGAGACGGUUGCCGUGCAUUUGAACAGGCGCCACUGGCGGCCAUGCAUCCACAGCCUGACGAAUUUCAUUUCGGACGCGAGCGAGCAGCGUGACGCCCUUGACCGCGUGGUCAAACAGAUGCUGGACGACCAGGUCAUCCCCGCCGCACGUGCCAUGCUGGCGCAGGUGUCCACCCCAAUCCUCCUCGAAUUCCUCAAAGACCUGUGCGCCAUUGACGUCCGGCGGUUUGUUCCGCUCUGCGUCGAGUCGUACCCGCGCAUUCUGCCGCACAACGUCGAGGAGGCCCUCACCGCCAGUAUUGAUGACUCGCUCGCCCUCACGCGCACGUGGUACCGCUACCUGUCGUGCAUUGUACAGGCGCCCGCCUUUGAAAACGCCAUGACACGCGAGCGGCGCACGCUGCGAGAGUACCUCAACCUCUCUCUCGCCCUGUACUGUACCGACGAGGACAACAACAACAGCGCUGGACAUGAUGAUGCUGCUGGGAACCGUGAUGGUGAUGCGAGUGUCGGUGAUGCGAGUGAGCACGGCCAAAGCAGCAGCAGCAGCAGCAGCGGUGGCGCUGGCAGCGACAGCGUUGAGUGUGCUGGCGGCGCUCGUGUCCGCGAGUCCAAUGCGUUCUGCUCGCACGUGAUGGAUUUCGACACAAUGACGAUGCGUGACCUGUCACAAGACGAAGAGGGCGUUGAGAGCAGCAGCGAUCAGGGCGGUGAUGGUGUCCGGGGCGGUGGCAGUGGUGAUGGCUGCAAGUCCUCAACGCAUGACUGGGAUCGCACCAACAGCAUCAGCAGGGAAGGUGGUAGCGAUGUGCUGUUGCACGAUGAUGAUGACGACGAUGAUGGUGGUGAAACUCAAACCAACAACAAGAAGCAUGCGAGCUUGGAAGAGCUCGUGGCCAUGUUUCCAGGUGAGUUGUCGCCUGAGCAGCGCGCGGCGUUGUUGCCUGCAAGCACCCCUGUCACCGCCGUGCUGUCACCGCGUGUGUGGCGCAUCGUGAAACAGCAGUCAUUCCUCGCGGCCGCGGGCUUUGACUUUGUCCGGGACCUGCUGUUGUGGUGCGGGUGUUGGGAUGAGGCUCUACAGCUCACCCGUGACGAUGACCCCACGCACGUGCGUGUGUUGCUGGCGCUGCAGCAGCAAAAGCGCGUUGUGCAGUGGCUUCGUCGUGGUGGCGACCUCGCACAGCUGUGGACGGAGUGGUGCUGCCUUCCGCCCCGCGCACGCUGGCCGGUGGAGGUGUUGUGCGCCCUCGUCGCGCGCGAGCGCGGUGUUGUUACUGCGCUCGAGAUGCUGCUCGCUCUCCUGUCCUUCACAGAGCAGGCAGUACAUGAUGGCAGUGAUGGCACUGCAGACGAAAGUGCCACUGCCGCAACAGCUACAGCCACUGAAACCAACACGCAAAACGGUGAGCCCGCUGCCACCUCGACAUCGUUCGCAUCAUCACCAUCACCAUCAUCGACAGCGGCAACGCUGGUGUCGUCAUCAACGCCACCACCGUCCGGGUCUGCCCGCAAUCGCUGUGAUAGCGACAUCCACCAACUGAUUGGCGCCCGGUGUCGAGGUGCGUGGCGGCAGCAGAUUCGCCAUGAAGUGAGCGCGGCUGCGCCGGCACUGCUGACGCGUUGGCUGGCGGGACGCGACAAACUGCAGCGCGUGUUGGCGACGCAGCACAUGGUGGCGACCGCUGUUGAUGGACAUCUUUGGACGCGCACCGCCGCCGUGAUGCCGGCCCCACUCCAGCACCUCCUCAACCAGCAGCUGCUGCCACCGUCGUCGUCGUCGUCGUCAUCGUCGUUAUCGCCAUCGCCAGCAUCGUCGUCAUUGCCAUCGGCUGCACACGCGGGCAUCGGCGGCGGUGCCAGUGGUAGCGGAGGUGGCGCGCGUGUUCGGGAUGCGAGAACGGCACGACUGGUGCGCCGCCUUGGCCGUGAGCUUAACGCCGUGUCCAGCAGCACAACGCCACCGCCGUUCGGGCCGAGACUGGAAUACCCGCUGCUGCACUGGGGUGUCAGCGUGCCUGCAAGCAAGAUGGUCCCCGAUGGCAACCCUUCAUCCACCGUGUACGAGCAAGGCGUGCUGCUAUCCCGCAACGGCGAUGUUAUUCCCAAAGUCAUCCUCCCGCCGCAGGACACGUUGUAG